GCCCUGCUCGCGUUGGGGAUCAGUCAGUCUGUGAGGAUACCCGAUCAAAGCCACCCGUAUGGCUUCACAAACAUGCGCUACAUCGCAUCUCUGAUCAGCGGCGUUGGCAUCUUCAUGAUGGGGGCCGGCCUCUCGUGGUAUCAUGGGGUUAUCGGGCUACUCAACCCUCAGCCGAUAGAAUCCCUUCUCUGGGCUUACUGCAUUUUGGCAGGAUCUCUGGUGUCAGAAGGAGCUACUCUCCUGGUAGCUAUCAACGAAAUCCGAAGGAGCGCCCGGGCGAACGGACUCUCCUUCUAUCACUACGUUAUCCAGGCUUGUGAUCCCAGCACAAACGUUGUGUUGUUAGAAGACACGGCUGCAGUUCUGGGCGUGAUGCUGGCUGCUACCUGCAUGGGGCUGACCUCCUUAACAGGUAACCCCUACUACGACAGCCUGGGCUCUCUGGGCGUGGGGACUUUGUUGGGAGUUGUGUCGGCGUUCCUCAUCUACACUAACACGGAGGCCCUGCUGGGCAGAUCCAUCCAGCCCGACCGGCUUCAGAAGCUGACCGAACUACUGGAGUGUGAUGCUGCAGUGCGAUCGGUGUCCCGGUCUGCUAUCGUAUCAAUUUAUAUCAUAUCAAUUGAUAUUCAUAUAUCCUAUCAGGAGAUCCAGCAGGUGAAAACUCUGGAAGAUUUAGAGGCUUUCAUGCUUAAACAUGGAGAAAACAUCAUUGACACUUUAGGAGCAGAGGUGGAUCGACUUGAAAAGGAUCUGAAGAAACUGAAUCCUGAAGUACGGCAUGUGGAUCUGGAAAUACUAUAAUCUUCACGGAAUCAGGUCU